AUGAACAGCUUGACCUGGGGUGCCUGUGUCCUCUGCUUGCUGAGCACAUUUGGAGUCGCUCCGGGCCACGUGCACCCAGAAUGUGGCUUCAUCACCCAGCUGAGGGAGGAUGAGAGGGCCUGUCUGCAGGCAGCAGAGGGGACGCCCAACACCUCCCUGAGCUGCCCUAGGACCUGGGACGGGCUGCUGUGCUGGCCGGCGGCAAGCUCUGGGGAGUGGGUCGCCCUCCCCUGCCCUGCAUUCUUCUCUCACUUCAGCUCAGAGCCUGGGACUGUGAAACGGGACUGCACCAUCACCGGCUGGUCAGAUCCCUUCCCACCAUACCCUGUGGCCUGCCCAGUGCCCUUGGAGCUGCUGGCUGAGGAGAAAUCUUACUUCUCCACGGUGAAGAUCAUCUACACCACAGGCCAUAGCAUCUCUAUUAUCGCCCUCUGCGUGGCCAUUGCCAUCCUGGUUGCUCUCAGGAGGCUCCACUGUCCCCGGAAUUACAUCCACACCCAGCUGUUUGCCACCUUUAUCCUCAAGGCGGGAGCGGUGUUCCUGAAGGAUGCCACCCUCUUCCAUAAUGAGGACACCGACUACUGCAGCUUCUCCACUGUCCUGUGCAAGGUCUCUGUGGCCACCUCCCACUUCGCCACGAUGACCAACUUCAGCUGGCUGCUGGCCGAAGCUGUCUACCUGAGCUGCCUCUUGGCCUCUGCGUCUCCCAGUUCAAGGACAGCCUUCUGGUGGCUGGUUCUUGCUGGCUGGGGGCUUCCCAUGCUCUGCACUGGCACCUGGGUGGGCUGCAAGUUGGCCUUCGAGGACAUCGCGUGCUGGGACCUAGACGACAGCUCCCCCUACUGGUGGAUCAUCAAAGGGCCCAUCGUCCUCUCCGUUGGGGUGAACUUUGGGCUUUUUCUCAAUAUUAUCCGCAUCCUGCUGAGGAAGCUGGAACCAGCUCAGGGGAGUCUCAACACCCAGUCUCAGUACUGGCGCCUCUCCAAGUCAACACUGCUCCUCAUCCCACUGUUUGGAAUCCACUAUAUCAUCUUUAACUUCCUGCCCGAUGAUACUGGCCUGGGCAUUCGCCUCCCGCUUGAGCUGGGACUGGGCUCCUUCCAGGGCUUUAUUGUGGCCCUCCUCUACUGCUUCCUCAACCAAGAGGUGAGGACUGAAAUCUCACGCAAGUGGCAUGGCCAUGACCCUGAACUGCUGCCAGCCCGGAGGACCUGUGCUAAGUGGGCAAUGCCUUCCCACUCGGGGGCGAAGGUGCUGACAUCUAUGUGCUAG